AUAUUUCUACCUUCAAGGUCACGGUGUAUACAGUCGUUUUGAUGAAUACAGACAUUCUAUCUCCAGCCACUUUUAAUGAUCUCCCUGAUGAAUUAAUCCUUCGAGUUUUUACUUAUUUACCACAAAUUGACCUGAUAAAAUGUAUUUCAAGAGUUAACAAAAAGUUACACGUAUUAUCUCGAAGUUCAUACUUGUGGAAACACUUAGACUUCCGCAAUUAUGAGGUAGAACCGAAAGAUUUGCGUCAUUUUUCAAAACAGAAACUGGUUGGACGACAAACUUGUAGCGUUAAAAUUGAGUUUAAUCCGAGAUCCAAAAACAUUGAAGCAGGAUUGGCACCAGUGUUUAAAAUUUGUGGUGUUUUGACUCAUGUACUGAUUCGGGGUGGAAGUAUUCAUAACUUUCAAAAUUUUAUCAGAUUAUUUUCUGAUUAUCUUGAAAAACUUGAAUUAAUUGAGACUGUUGCUAAAAACAGGUUAGUUGAUCCUGAAUCUCUGCCCAGUGUUCCAAGAUUUUCGUUAAAGUAUCUCAAGUUAUCUGAUAGUAGCUGGCUAUAUGACGUACACUUAUCGGCACUGAUUGGUUUAAAUGCUUCAAAAACUCUGAAAUAUCUAAAUGUAUCGAAGUGUUAUCGUUUAUUUCUUGGUCCUCCAGCAUCCUGUCCACUGAACAUGCGUUUUGAAAAGAUGUCAUCCUUUCUUAAGCAGACUUGUCCGCACCUCGAAGAGUUGGACUUAUCUUCAGUUUUUAUGUCACAUAACAUCCAAGUGCCUGUAACAACAGCAUUGUUAAGUAUGAUACCUGAUACUCUUCCUUACCUUCAUACUUUGAAUCUGUCAGAAAAUCCAAUGAUUACUUCGUCUCUUUUAAAUCAGUUAUACGAAAGUCAAAAUCUAAGCUCAGCACUUCAAAGCUUCAUUACCUCGUUUUUUAAUAAAAUUCAUAAAUAUAAAGUUUUUUUGUAUAUAUAUGACUGGCCACAUAAAUUAACUAUGAGUUUAUUUUCUGCAUGUGCUCUUACUGUACCUGAUGGCAGUACAGUAUAUUUGUAUGUUAAUGAUGCUCCUAUAUGUAUAGAAGAAAAUUCGAAAUGUAAACUUAUAUCUUCAGUAACAAAUGACCUUUGUUUUGGCUAAACGAUCUUUGUAUAUAUUCUGUUUAUAUGAUUUAUAUAGAUAUAUAUGGUCGAUAUUUGUGCGGUUUCACUAUCUAACUAUUCUUUAUUUGCUCUGCACAAGUGAACUCAUUUAACAGUAGAUGGUGACACAAAGUUAUAACUCUAUAAAUAACCUUGCAUGUAACGACGAUGCCGUUCAAUUCCACAAUAUUUAGUACUGUGAUGAACGAGAACACCAGUGGGUACAACCGAGUGUAUUCGAACACGAAAUUACAGUCUCGUAGUGAAAUCUGACAUAACACUUACCUCAUCUAAAUUUCCAAGGGUUGAACUCCUACCAGGAGGUUCACUUGUUGACUUAGAAUAUGUCGAUGACAUAGUUUUAUUUGGUGAAGAAGCUGACAAAAUGCAGAGUCUUCUGACCACCGCAAGCAACAAUGCAAACAUGUUCAGGAUGCGAUCCUCCCCCUCGAAAUGCAUAAUGUUGCUUCAGGAUUCAGUCGCAUCGAUACCUGAAGGAGUGAAGUAGUUGAGCGUGUCGACCACCCUACUUAUCUUGAAAGUCUCAUCAGGCCUUGUGGUCUGGUGUUUGACGAAAUCUCAGCACGGAUACAGAAGGCUCGACUAGCUCUUGCCAACUUGCGUCAUUUAUAGCGUAGGUGAGAUAUCUCUCUACCAACAAAAGAACGGGUUUACUGCGCAGUAGUUUGUUCAGUCCCACUUUAUGGCUGUGAAACAUGACCGGUAAGAGUAGAGGAUAUUCGUAGGUUACUAGUAUUUGAUCAUACGUGUCUUCGAAACAUUGCUCGUAUAUCCUGGGACCACUAAGUAAGUAAUGCAGUUGUUAGGAAACGGGCACUAGGUAAGGAUGGCAAAUCCAUUGAUGAAGUAGUGAAACUUCAUCAGUUGAGAUGCCUGGGACAUGUGUUACGUAUGCCCAACCAACGACUGCCCCGACGUGCGAUGUUUUCUGGUGCAGAAGUAGGUUGGAAGAAAGCUAAGUGCGACCAGACCAAAACAUGGCACUAAUCCAUGAAGUCACUGACAAGUGGACUGAGCCAUGUUGGUAGGUGUGGACUACCUGGUUGGGAUCCGCGAGAUGACAACAACCGAUGGUUAGAGACCUUGAAUGACAUGGUUCGAAAUCGUUUGUAAUGGCGCAAGUGCAUCCACUCUUUGUGUUCUCCCAAAUUCUAAUCUGAAUUCUUCAUGUCCCUUUUUUAUAAAUUUAUUUCACUGGAUUAUACUACUUGAAUAACAUCUUCAAACCCUAAUGUUUCUGAUUACUGCUUAUACUUUUACUACCUCUAUCACUACGGGAUUUGAAUCGACAGUUGUAUCUCUGUGCUAAUAUGGUAUGGCAACUCGAACUCAUGUACGUACGUACGAAGUUCUACGUCGUUGACUAACUGACUGAGUAAUCGGAAAUGGGCCAAUGAUUAGAAAAGCAUAGACACUAAUAACAUUCCUAAUAAGAGGUGUUCAGAUAAUUGGACCGUGAAACGUAUAUCUGAGAAAAAAAUCUUUGUGUUCAUAAGAAACUUGUCACACCCUCAUCUCUCCCUUGGCCUUAAUAAAUGAGUUUAUUUAUUAUUAUUAUUUUCCAUACUCUCCGCUUAUUUUUCUUCACACCCUGUAUAUUAGAGUAAAGCCUGAUGAGGAUCUAAUUGAAAACAAUAUUGUUUGCUUAUAUAUGUUGUUCUAAAUUACAAUGGUGAUUGUUCAUUGUGUAGUAUGAAAUUAAUAGACAGUAGUCUACCCACUUUACACUUCAGGAAGAUACAGAAAGUUUGUAGCUAAGGUGAAGAAUUUCAGUAGUACCGUAUUCAGUUAGGCACCUCGGUACUUAUGUUUUUAUUUUCAUUCUGAGUAACAACACGCGCACACUUCUAUGCACAGUCCCGUUUCAUAGAUUUUUAAUUUGCUAACUAACCUUGGUUACGUCAUAGUAGGAUAUGUGGGUAGACAGCUUUUUAGGACCCUUCAAAAUAUCUUCCAGUUAAGAUUAUUAAUUGGUUAUCUCGAAAGCCUAUGUUUUUAACGUUUAAGAUAAGAUAUUUCAGACAUUCUUGCCCCUAGUUUAUAUAAAACUUCAGCUUUUUGUCACUUUAGCUGAACGGUUACCAAACCUUCAUGUUCAAACGUCUGCUUCACUAUCGUCGAAAUAUUCUCAACAAAAAGCUUGAGUUAUUUAUUCACGUUGUUAAGGAAUGGAACAAUGUAUCAAUAUUUCAUUACACAAGUUAUAUCUUACACUGGUUAAUUAGGUAAGAAGUUCAAACAAUUCGAACCAAACAUACUUCGUAUCUGCACAGUGCAUCUACAACACUACUUAUGGCUGUCAGUAUUAGCCUUAAAAUUCUCGUAAACACAGAUGUUACCUUUAAAACACCAAAAAGGUGUAUCUCAUGAAAAGGUACAUACUCUACAUCUGGUAAACUUGCACCAGACUAACUCGAUGACCAGCCGUCUGAAUGUCAGUAAUAUAAUAUAGAUAGGUUUUAAAUCCUACUCAGAAGACAGCUACAAUGUUCACUUAUGUAUAUUAAAUUGCCAUUUUUAAAUAAGUAUAAUCACCAUUUUGUUCAUUACUAUAUAUUUAGUACAGUAUGAAAUUCUCAGCAUAAAUCUCAAUAAAUUUCUCCUAUUCUUCAUAUAUACCACAAAAGUACACUUACAUAAAAUGGAUUUGUUAAAUUGAAUGAAAUUUUUGAAAAGAGUAAGUUGUUUAAUAGUACGUCAGAAAUCAACGUAAUUAAUUGGAGUGAUCUCGGAUUCCGCACUGGUUUAAAAAUAUCUUCUGCUUAAGUCGUCUGGGUUAUUAGAAUAACGUGAUUAAACUUACUUUUUAUUGAGAUGAAACAAACUAGUAUUGUACACUCUAUUCAUAUGACAGCUGAAUACAACACUAAGUUCAAACAGUGGAACUCUUUAGUGUUGCUCGAAAGUCGACAGAACAUGUCUUCAGUCAUGACCACUGUCGUAGAUUCAUCUUUUCAGCAAAAACAAUGUAAUUAAUAAGUUCGCUAGAGGCGUAACUGAAAUUUUUUUGUACUUUAAGGGUUAAUGAAUCCUUAGUAUUCCUUAUCACAUAAUUGUAAACCCAAGCCUACACAUUCAGUGUACAUAUCACCUUUCACUUAUUUUUGUAUGGUGUAUAAUUUUUUGUCGUGCAUCUGUCCUCACUUAAUUUUUGCGAUUUUCUGUUUUAUGUAAAUAUUCAUGAACAUAUGUUUUUUCCAACUAGUACUUUUUAUUUAAUUUACGGUU